GCCAGUGGGGAAGGCCAGUCCCGCCCGCUCUCCAGCUCCAAGAUCCUGUGUGGAGCCACAGCCGCGGUCGCAGUGUCCGCCGCCUCCAUCGUCGUCGGGGGAGGGGCCGGUCGGACCCGGGGGUCACUGCCGAGGAAUGAGGAGAGGCGGCCGGGCCCCGCGCUCCGCCCCGGCCUAGGGCCUGGCCCCGGGAGUCGCGAGGGUGGAGGCUAAAUUUUGAUCUAUGUCCUGCCUGCAUCCGGCUGCUUGAAAGUACUUGAUGAUCACAUGACCCUGGACAUGGAUGCUCUCCUGUCGGAUUUUGUCCGUUCCACAGGAGCAGAGCCAGGGUUGGCCCGAGAUCUCCUGGAAGGAAAGAACUGGGACGUGAGUGCCGCUCUCAGUGACUUCGAACAGCUGCGACAAGUCCAUGCCGGGAACCUGCUCCCACCCUUUAGCGAAGGGAGUAGUGGCUCCAGGAGCCCUGAAAAAGGGUGUCCUGAUAGAGAAGCUGCUCGGCCUCCCCGGCCCGUGCUCCAGCGGCAGGAUGACAUCAUUCAAGAAAAACGCCUGUCUAGGGGCAUCUCCCACGCCAGUUCCAGCAUUGUUUCCCUGGCCCGGUCCCAUGUCUCCUCCAAUGGUGGGGGUGGGGGGAGCAGUGAGCACCCCCUGGAAAUGCCCAUCUGUGCCUUCCAGCUUCCAGAUCUCACUGUGUAUAAUGAAGACUUCCGCAGCUUCAUAGAGAGAGACCUCAUUGAGCAGUCCAUGCUGGUGGCCUUGGAACAGGCAGGGCGUUUGAACUGGUGGGUGAGUGUGGACCCCACCUGUCAGAGGCUGCUUCCUUUGGCAACUACUGGAGAUGGGAACUGUCUCCUGCACGCGGCCUCUCUUGGCAUGUGGGGUUUCCACGAUCGGGACUUGAUGCUCCGGAAAGCUUUGUAUGCGCUGAUGGAGAAGGGGAUAGAGAAGGAAGCACUGAAAAGACGCUGGAGAUGGCAGCAAACUCAGCAGAACAAAGAGUCAGGACUGGUAUACACAGAGGAUGAAUGGCAAAAGGAAUGGAAUGAACUGAUCAAACUUGCCUCAAGUGAACCCCGAAUGCAUCUAGGUACCAAUGGAGCCAACUGUGGUGGGGCGGAGAGUUCAGAGGAGCCAGUAUAUGAGAGCCUAGAAGAGUUCCACGUCUUUGUCCUCGCUCAUGUGUUAAGGAGACCCAUAGUCGUCGUGGCAGACACCAUGCUGAGGGACUCUGGAGGGGAAGCAUUUGCUCCCAUCCCCUUUGGAGGAAUCUAUCUGCCCUUGGAAGUCCCAGCCAGCCAGUGUCACCGCUCUCCUCUGGUGCUCGCCUAUGAUCAGGCCCACUUCUCUGCACUUGUGUCCAUGGAACAGAAGGAGAAUGCCAAGGAACAAGCUGUGAUCCCACUUAUGGACUCAGAGCACAAGCUGCUGCCCUUGCACUUUGCUGUGGACCCUGGAAAAGGCUGGGAGUGGGGCAAAGAUGAAAGUGACAAUGCCCGACCGGCCAGUGUGAGUCUGUCACUAGAGGUCAAACUGCACCUGUUGCAUAGCUACAUGAAUGUGAAGUGGAUCCCCCUAUCCUCCGACUCACAGGCACCUCUGGCCCAGCCUGAGUCCCCCACGGCCUCAGCUGGAGAUGAACCUCGCUCUACUCCCGAGUCUGGCGAGUCAGACAAGGAGUCUGUUGGCAGCAGUUCUACCAGCAACGAGGGCAGCCGGCGGAAGGACAAGGCAAAACGGGAUCGGGAGAAGGACAAGAAGCGAGCAGAUUCUGUGGCGAACAAGCUGGGCAGCUUUGGCAAAACUUUGGGCAGCAAGCUCAAGAAGAACAUGGGAGGCCUGAUGCACAGCAAGGGUUCUAAGCCUGCAGGGGUGGCAGCAGGGCCAGGGGUGAGCAGUGGCACUGAGACACUGGAGAAGAAGAAGAAAAGCUCACUGAAGAGCUGGAAGGGCGGCAAAGAGGAGGCGGCAGGGGAUGGGCCCGUGGCAGAGAAGCCCACGUCCGAGUCUGCUGGGAAUGGGGGCAGCAAGUACAGCCAGGAGGUGAUGCAAAGCCUGAGCAUCAUGAGGAUCGCGAUGCAAGGGGAGGGGAAGUUCAUCUUUGCCGGAACCCUGAAGAUGGGUCACCGUCACCAGUACCAGGAGGAGAUGAUACAGCGCUACCUUGCCGAUGCUGAGGAGAGGUUCCUGGCAGAGCAGAAACAGAAGGAAGCAGAGAGGAAGAUCAUGAAUGGAGGGGUCGUGAGUGGGCCUCCUCCAGCCAAAAAGCCCGAGCCAGAAGGUGGGGAGGAGCAGCUGCCUGCCCCUCCUGCAGAGCCCAAGGCAGUGGCAUUCUCUACUGGCUCCCCAGGGGGCUUCACCAUCCCCAGGCCUUCUGGGGGUGGAGUCCACUGCCAGGAGCCCCGGAGGCAGCUGGCAGGGGGCCCAUGUGGGGGUAGCCUGCCACCAUAUGCCACCUUCCCCAGACAGUGCCCUGCAGGGCGGCCCUAUCCACACCAGGACAUCAUCCCUUCUCUGGAACCAGGCAGUCACUCCAAGGAUGCAGUUCACAGGGGUGCAUUGUUACCACCUGCCUACCGCGUGGCUGAUUCCUAUAGCAAUGGUUACAGGGAGCCCCCGGAGCCAGAUGGAUGGGCCACAGGUCCCCAGGGACUCCCCCCAACCCAGACCAAAUGCAAACAGCCGAACUGCAGCUUCUACGGACACCCUGAGACAAACAACUUCUGCUCCUGCUGUUACAGGGAAGAACUGAGGAGGAGGGAACGGGAGCCACCUGGGGAGCUGCUGGUGCACAGGUUCUGAGUGGGCAGGACCCUGGAGAGCGAGGGGGCUAAACAAAGAAAGUUAAACUCAAUUAACUGGCUCAUCUAGACCUAGCCUCCGUAUUGAAGUGGGCAAACGCAGUAACUUCUUGGGAGCCUGGUCAGAAACCUUUAAGUGUGUGGUACACAUUGGAGUGGUGCCACGUUAGCAAGCGCAGGUCAGGGCUAGCCACUGCCUCAAGGGCUGGACUGUUCCCUGACAGAGUACCUGGGGGAACUUGAUGGAACCUGGGGGUCUCAUGGAGAGAAAGAUGGUGCUUCUGUCUGGUAAACAACUGAGUACCACCUCAUGACCUAAGGGAAAGUAGUAGGGGAAGGUUUGGUGUGCUGGGGUGGGAGGUGGGCAGGAGCCUGGGAGAGGAACAGGGAAAGGAAGUCCUCAGUAAGUAAAACAAAAAACAGACCAAAGUUCUUCUAGGUUGGAACAAAAGCACAUGGUGGCGGAGCUGGGAGUGUGGAGGGAAACUGAGGAAAGGCACAAAUUUACUGUUGAUUUGAAUUAAGGUAGAGAUUGAGGGUUGGAUAAAUUUCUUCCUCCCAAAAGAUCUGGAAAGAUAAGGAAGAGGGAUAGUUUCAACCCCAGCUUCGUGAGAUGGCAAAGGGAGCAACUUAGACGGGGCAUCCUUUUCCUCUUCAGUUUUACUUUCUUCUAAACAAUUCUGUCAUCUUGUGUAGUUUGAGAGGUAGUUGCUGGCUGCCCCCUGUUUGCCUUUUAUGUUAUGAGGGCUGAGCUCAGCUAAGUUAGGAAAGUUUGAUUUUCCUUUUUUAAGAAAGACUUUAAUUUUAUUUAAAAAAAAAAAAAUCCCUCUGAGAACAGAACAAGUGAGAACAGAGUAGCUGUGUGUGUUGCAUUUUUGCCGGGUGAAUCACUCAGAGGUGAUCUUUUUUACUACUUAACAAUAACCAUAUGCGAGGGUCAGCUACGCCUUGGGAGGGGUUACAGGAAGGACACACAUUUGGCCAGACUGUUUCAAACAAAACCAAAAACCUAAGCAGAGCACUUCCAUCUGUUGCUGCUGUGUUUCUGUAGGAAGCAAUUUACAUUAUUGACUUUUUGUUUUAAAGGAAAAGACCCAACGAUCAAAAAC